AUGUUUAUCGACACGAUAGACGAAGUACACUUCUCAGUCCGCAACGCACUCAUUUUAGCACUAUCUUGUAUAAUUUUAUACACAGUUCUUCUCACAAUAUACCGUCUCCACUUCUCACCCCUAGCCCACUUCCCAGGCCCCAAGAUCUCAGCAGCCACAGGAUGGUACGAAACCUACUACCAAAUAGUAAAAGACGGAGGCGGCCAAUUCACAUUCAAGAUAGCAAAAUGGCACGAACAAUACGGCCCAAUCCUCCGCAUCUCCCCCCACGAACUCCACAUCUCCGACCCCUCAUACAUCGAAACCAUAUACUCAAACGGCAAAGCCAUCGACAAACCAGAUUACUUCUCCCACCAAUUCGGCACCCCCGGCAGCAUCUUCGGCACCGUCCCACACGAACUGCAUAAGCAAAGAAAAGCAGCUAUUCAACCUCUCUUCUCUACACAAAGAGUGUCUGAGCAAUUACCUCAAAUCCUGGACCAAGCGGCCAAGCUCUCAAAACGGGUGUCUGAUGAGUAUGCAGGAACGCAACAGGUGUUGAAUCUAGGUGAUAUGCUAUCUUGUUUUGCCGGCGAUGUGAUUAUGAAAUUUGCGUUUGAUCGAGAAUUUAAGUACCUCGACUCGCCUGAUUUUCGGAAUCCCUUCACCGCGUCUUUUGUGGGGUUCAAGGCGUUCGCGCAUUAUACGAUUCAAUUCCCGUGGCUUCCUAGGUUGUUGGCUAAAUUACCUGAUGCGGUGGCUGUUAUACUGAACCCUGAUUUGAAGCCGAUUGUUGAGUAUAAACAUAAUAUGACAGCACAAAUCAACGCCAUAAAACAAGCUAGAGACAAAGGCGAAAAUAACCCAGCUAAGGGAACGAUCUUUAACGAAGUCCUCGACUCAAAUCUUCCCGCGUCUGAAAAAACAACGACGAGAUUGUCAGAUGAAGCAGCGGGUAUAGUAGGCGGUGGAAUCGAGACCACCAAGUGGUCAGCGACGGUGAUGUGUUUUCAUAUCAUCAAUAACCCCCCAAUACACAGUCGACUGCGUGACGAGCUCAAGAAUGCUUUUCCAGAUGGUUUCGAGGUCCAUGAAUUAGCUCAACUGGAAAAUCUACCAUACUUGAUGGCUUGUGUGAAAGAAGGCCUUCGUCUCUCAUACGGCUCCAUGACACGCUCCCCGCGUAUCCACCGCAAUAAAGCACUGCUUUACAGGAGUUACACUAUACCUCCCGGCACACUUGUUUCAACCGAUGCAUGGCACGCCCACCACAACGAACGCGUUUUCCCGGAUAGUUUUGAGUAUAUUCCGGAACGUUGGUUGGGGAAUCCUAAGGGUCUGGAUGGAGAGAAAAAGUUGUCUACAUACGCAUUAUACUUCGGACGCGGAACACGCAUGUGUCUUGGAAUGCAUCUCGUUUACGCGGAGCUAGCCAUCAUUAUUGCGAUGUUAUUCCGCUCGUUUGAAUUCGACUUAUUCGAAACCGAUCGAACCGAUGUGGAUUGUCACUUCGAUCAGAUCGCACCUGGCGUCAAGCCUGGAAGUAAAGGGGUGAGAGUUUUGGUCAAAUCUGGGCUUCCUUAG